ACUUACACUGAAGGCGCAGGCUCACGCAAUGGAAGUCAAGGUGUCACAGGGUCUUGGCAGCUCCUCAGGAUCAUGUGGUCAGGACAACUGUAUGUCCCUGCCUCUGCUGGAGAGUCAGGCCUCCAGCUCCUCUGGAGCCGACAGGCAUGCUCCUAUCAAUCCCACCAGCAGCCCCUCAACGUCCUGGGGCUCCUCGCUGGCCAACAAUCUCCUCUCUGGAGACACAGAGACGGACAGCGACCAACUCUCCGGCAUGCACACCAGCAUCAGCGAGAUCUUGAAGGAGAAAAGCCUGAAGCCGUCUCGCCGCAGCCUGCCCUGCCUGGCCCAGAGUCAGACUCAUCCAAUAAACCUCAACCACUUCCUGUCUGUGCCUCUGAGCCCGGAGCCCAAACCAGAAGUCGAGGGACUGACUCAGAGCAUCAGCACCUCCUGCAGCCUUCUGCCCCCACAGACAGCAGAGGAUGCAAAGGAUCAGUACGUGGAGGAGUCAGAGGUGACUACGUGUGAAACCAGGGCAGACGAGUCAUUUCUGCUACAGAAACCUGUCACCCGCGCUAAACUAGAGGCCCGCACAGACUCACUUCAGGGAAAGACUCCAGCUGAUUCCUCUGGGCUGUUUUUCCGAGAUGGGAAAAAGCGUAUUGACUACAUUCUGGUUUACAAGAAGUCCAGUCCACAGGUGGAAAAGAGGUGCACGUUUGAGAAGAAUUUACGGGCUGAGGGACUAAUGCUGGAGAAAGAGCCCUCCUUGACGAACAACGACAUUAUGUUUGUGAAGGUCCACGCUCCUUGGGAUACACUUUGCAAAUAUGCCGAGCAGAUGAACAUCCGAAUGCCUUUCAGGAAAAAAUGCUACUUUACGGACUUGAAGAGCAAAACCUUGGGCAGCAGGUUUCAUCUGAGAUGUCGUCAGAUGAAAAGCUGGCUUCCCAGAAAUCCCAUGAAGCUGGACAAAGAGGCCUUGCCUGACCUGGAGGAAACCGACUGCUACACGGCCCCCUUCAGCAGAGCACGCAUGCAUCACUUCACUAUCAACAAUAGAGAGACCUUCUUCUCCAAUUCCACCAGAAGCAGAAUAGUUCAUCAUGUGCUGCAGCGCACCAAGUAUGAGGAUGGAAAAUCAAAGAUGGGCAUCAACCGGUUAUUGGGCAAUAACACAUAUGAGGCUGCAUUCCCUCCUCAUGAGGGCGGCUACAAGAGCAGACACCCGAUUAAGACUCACGGUGCUCAGAACCACAGGCAUCUUCUGUAUGAGCGCUGGGCCCGCUGGGGAAUCUGGUACAAAUACCAACCUCUGGAUCUCAUCAGACGUUACUUUGGUGAGAAAAUCGGUCUUUACUUUGCAUGGUUGGGCUGGUACACCGGCAUGCUGAUUCCUGCCGCCCUGGUUGGCGUUUUUGUCUUCCUCUAUGGUCUCUUCACCAUGGACUCCAGCCAAGUCAGUAAAGAGAUUUGUGAAGCCAACACCACCAUCAUGUGUCCAAUGUGUGAGGAAACCUGUGAGCCGUGGACGCUGAGUGACAGUUGUGUCUACGCCAAGGUGACCCAUCUGUUUGAUAAUGGCGGCACUGUGUUCUUUGCCAUCUUCAUGGCUAUCUGGGCCACAGUAUUCCUAGAGUUCUGGAAAAGGAGGAGGGCAGAGCUGACUUAUGACUGGGAUCUCAUCGAUUGGGAGGAGGAAGAGGAGGAGCUGAGGCCUCAGUUUGAAGCCAAGUACUCCAGGGUGGAGAGAGUCAACCCCAUCUCUGGCAAGCCUGAGCCUUUCCAGCCCUUCUCAGACAAACUCAGCCGGCUCAUGGUGUCUGUGUCCGGAAUAUUCUUCAUGAUUUCCCUCGUUCUGACAGCCGUGUUUGCCGUGGUGGUUUUCCGUCUAAUUGCGAUGGAGAAGUUUGCUUCCUUCAACUGGUAUUUUGUGAAGAAGAACUGGCAGUUCGCCACCUCUGGCACCGGUGUCUGCAUCAACUUUAUGAUCAUCAUGUCUCUCAACGUGGUGUAUGAAAAGGUGGCCUAUCUGCUGACAAAUUUAGAGCACCCACGGACGGAGUCUGAGUGGGAGAACAGCUUUUCUCUGAAGAUGUUCCUGUUCCAGUUUGUAAAUUUAAACAGCUCCACAUUUUACAUCGCUUUCUUUCUCGGGAGGUUUGCUGGCAGGCCUGGAAAAUACAAUAAACUCUUUAAUCGAUGGAGACUGGAGGAGUGUCACCCGAGUGGCUGUCUGAUUGAUCUGUGCCUGCAAAUGGGAGUCAUCAUGUUCUUCAAACAAAUCUGGAACAACUUCAUGGAGCUCGGUUAUCCUUUGCUGCAGAACUGGUGGUCUCGUAGGAAGAUGAAGAAAGGAGGUGGUGGAGGGCAGAAUGUAGAGAACAAAGCCCAGCUUCCACAGUGGGACAAAGACUGGAAUCUGCAGCCGAUGAACGCCCAUGGACUGGUGGACGAAUACCUUGAAAUGGUCCUCCAGUUUGGCUUCACCACCAUCUUUGUAGCAGCGUUCCCGCUGGCUCCUCUCCUCGCUUUGCUCAACAACAUCAUUGAGAUUCGACUUGACGCCUACAAGUUUGUCACUCAGUGGAGGAGACCUAUGCCUGCCCGAGCCACUGACAUAGGUAUCUGGCAUGGGAUCCUCGAAGGAAUUGGCGUGCUGGCAGUCAUCACCAAUGCCUUCGUCAUCGCUAUCACCUCAGACUACAUCCCCCGCUUUGUUUACGCCUUCAAAUAUGGCCCAUGUGUGGACAAGGGACACAACCACAGAGAUGAGUGUUUGCGAGGCUACAUGAACAGCAGCCUGUCUGUGUUUGAGAUGGAGGAUCCGAAGAACAGCAGCCAGGUUAGGUACUGCAGGUACAGAGACUACAGAGCGCCGCCCUGGAGCGUAGAGCCCUAUGAAUUCACCCUGCAGUUCUGGCACGUCUUGGCUGCAAGGCUGGCCUUCAUCAUCGUCUUCGAGCACCUGGUGUACGGGAUCAAGUCCUUCAUAGCAUACCUCAUUCCGGACAUGCCGAAGGAUCUCUGUGAUCGCAUGAGGAGGGAAAAGUACCUGAUGCAGGAGAUGAUGUACGAAGCAGAACUGGAGCACCUGCAAAAGGAGCGGAAGAAGAACGGACGGCGUUAUCACCACGAGUGGCCUUAGCUUUAACCCCCACGUCUCCACUACACGCCGCACAGCCCUCAACUCACAGGCACGACCUCCCCCUGCCUGCUUACUUAUGUAUUUUAGCUUUGAGAGUCUAGCUUCACUCAGCUGAUUCUGUACACCAAAGACACCCUCUUCAGUCACCAGAUCCUCCCCCAAACCUGUCUGGCUUCAGGCUGUGACCCCGACCACUCCCUCGCCAUCUGUUCCACGUCCAGUGUUGGCGCUGCGCUCGGUUUUUGGCUCUGACCCUCUCCUACCUGCCCCGCCCCGAUCCCUCACCUGGCUUCAUCCGGCAGGUUGCCCUUGGGUCUGUGCUGUAUCAUGGCUUCACUGGGGAAACCUGUGCAAUUGUAAUGUUUACUAUGCAGAUCAAGGGCUGCAGAUCACCACUGUUCACUUUUGGCACCCAUUCCGCACUCUCUCUCUGUGUGGCAGCUAGCACUCCGCUUCAACCCUGUGUGGUGCCGCUCGCAGCAUGGCCGUGUUUUCUCUCCCGUGAGCAUCAGCAGAGCCACCGCUCUGCCAGGUUAUGUGUGACAGAGCUACUGCGGCACUUAGCGUUCCUUGUUGCAAAAGAGAUUCUGGUGAUGUGGCUACCAAAUACAAUGGAUACUGUUCUUGCAAAGUGACUGUAUAUUGCCCUUGAAGCAUGCUGAUUAAUAUUUGCGGCCAUUUCGUAAACUGCAAAGAAAAAAACAACAAAAACAACAGCACUCAUUGUGGAGGAUGUGAACAUCCAUUCAGUACAUUUGACAAAGAAUUCUCUAUGACAUUAUAUAAAGUGCAUGGUAAUAUUGUUUUGUACCUUUUGAUAGACAAAGUCCCUGUCUUGAUGCCUGGUUCACGUGUGUCUGUACUCCUCGGUGUGAGCUGUGUGUUAAUCUCUGUCUGUGCUACUGCUGAGCUUGACUGUCCUGAGUUGGGAAAAUGUGAACUUAGUGCGAUUUGAUUGUGCCUACAGUUGUGCGCACCACAAUUGUAUCACCAACAUCACGUGUGCCUGUUUGUGCUGCACGUGCUUUUUUUCAAGUGCAAGAAAUACUCUCUCUCGUUGUUCUGUUGUGUGAUUUUCUGUAAACUCUCUGAACUCUCCUGGUAGGAUUUAUUUUGGAUGUGAGUCACACCACAGUACCUACUCGGGUCUCAGCUAAUGGCUCCGAAACACAGUAUACGUUGUAAUGUGACUCCCAUCAUGAACAAUGUAUACACUCGCAUGCAGGAGCCGCAAAUCUGCUCUUCCGUUCUGCGCUCGCAGCCUGUUUUUCAUUUGUUGUUGGAAGCCCUGGAGCGUGGUUGAAACUUGGAUCACUCCUUAGACAUACCUGUGGCUUUGGAUGUUCAGCUUGCAAAGAACAUCCAUCCACUGUUCCUCACUCACACCAACACAUUUCAGUUCCAGUCUUCUGCUAAGCACACGGUCAGGCGCGGUUUCAAGCUUCUUCCCGACCUUUUACUGAUGUGAAACUGAGAAAUUUGCUAAAUGCAGAGUCAUGACCUUUUCUUGUGGUCAGUUCUGAUGUCAUGGAGCAGCGUGUUUUUGGGAACUCAGGAAAAUAGGCAGCAUGAGCGACGCAUCCAUCUGUGAGGCUGAGUCAGAAUCAUAAUCAUUUCCUGUUUCAUUCAUGCUGAGAUGGAGAGUUGUGGAGUGAACCACAUUAAUGAGGGGGUUUCUGUUUUGUAGGUGAGGAGAACUUUAAAGUUAUACUCUGCAGGAUUUUCCUAAAAAGCAAUUUAUAGUCUCACACAGAAGUAAUCCCUCACACUCAUCACUUAGGACCCAUGAGAAGAGAGUGGUGGUGUAUUUAUGUGCAGAGGCUCUGCCCUCUGCCUGUAUCCUCUUUUUUUCCUUCUCAUUUUCUGUGUUUGGGACGUUUAUGGGUGUUUCUUUCAGAGCACUCAGGUGAGGUCGGAGCUAUAAAUCAAGGUAGCGACCAGGUGCCAAACUGUAAGCAGCAGGCAUCCAAGAGACACAGCGCAGAAAAAAUGCAAAUAGCAAGGCAAAACGCCAAACGAGAGUGAAUCUGGGGUCGGGUUUUACUGUCACUUUCGCUGGCGAGUGUGUCAACAAAGAGUAACCGAUGAUCCUGCACAGUAUACCUUUUAACUUUGGCCCAGGAGCUCCGGUACAGGUCAUGUUGAUCAUAUGAUGGCAAAUAUAAAGAGUAUCACUAUCCUGAAUGCAUUGCACAACACUGAAAAACUCUUCAUUUUACAAGAGUUGUACAUUAUUUGUUCUUUUAUUUAUUUUGCUGUUAGUUGUAUAUACAUUUUACGAUGUAUGUAAUGUUUUUAUACUUUUUAUUUUGUGCUAUCAGUACAGUACGAGUUCACCUGUUUUCACCCUCAGAUAAACAAAGUAACGUCCACAUUUCUCAGGUGUCCUCUGAAUGUUUUAUAUUUUCUAAGAUGCAAUCGAAAGGUGUCCUGCUUUUUAAGAUAUAUAUUUUUGCACUGCAGUGCAUUUGCAUGACUGUAAUGCACACUCACAGUUAAACGCAUGUUUGAUUUUUCUUUGCAUAAUCACAGUAGGUAUAUUAGAGCAGAUCAGAAAUCAUGACAUGCAAUCACACAGUUUAUUAUGGAGACAUGAUGGAGGAUGUUGGUUGAGGUCCUGUCUACAUGUAUGCAGAUAUUUUUGAAAACGAUACCCUCUGUUUUAAAAAAUAAUUUUGUCCACAUGACCUUCAUUUUACAAAAUAUCUCCGUCCACACUAGAGUGCAAAAAAUGACUCCAAACACUUGCUGGCAUUAGCUUUCUUCAGCACUCUCCCCUCCUCACAAAGUUAGACUAAUGACAUGCUAACAUUUUCCUUUCAAUCCUCAUCGACAACAAUCCCACUCUGAAAAGUGUCCCACCAUCUGCUGGUUCGACCGUCGUUUCUGGCGGACCUUAAACUGUGGACACUGAGGUCAAGCAAAGCAUUGGGUGCAGCAGAUGCCCACAUUCGUCCGUGAAGUGUUGCAGCAAUACUAAGUUGAAGUAUAAGGUAGUCAUUAGCACCAAGCAGUGCUAAAAAAAAACAUUUGCAAACCGAUAGUCCACCAUUGUUGUUAUUGUUUACAGCAUAGCCUUAUUACACAAAGUAAAAAUGGGCAUGCAUGAUUAUGUUUCCCAAACGCUUCAUUUUACAUGUCCACACAGAUAAACAGUAACCAGCAUUUUGAAAAUCUGCACCAUAGACGGUGUUUUAAAAAUCUCCCUUGUAGUGGCCUAAAACUUUAAACUUUAAAUUUUCAUGCAACACGAGAUGCCAAAACGUAGAGGAAAAUAUUUGUUCACAAAAAUAUUUGUAUACCUGUUGAUGGGAUCUGAGAUGUUUUCAGGUCAUAGUGUUCAUUCCAUCGAUCACAAUCGUUUCAUUCACAAGAGAGAGAUACCUGUUUUUAAAUCUCAUUCCAACACUUAGAAAACUAGUCCAGGUUUUCAGAAUAUCUUCCCUGCUAUGUGAACAUUGAAAAUCUAUGCAUGUUGUUAUCCUUGAAUUUGACUUUGAAGCCGAUGUAAAUGUACUGGUACAUUUGUACUGUAGAGUAUGCAUGACCUAACACCUGCUUUGAGCAGAGCUAACUUCUGUAAAGUUGUUAACGGUGUCUUAAACAUAUCACCUCCCCUUUUUUUCAGUUGUGAUUCUUUUUUGAAGUCCGGACAAGGCCUUUUAUGUUUCAUGAUCAUGUGGCAGAAUUUUAAACUGUAAGAAUAUUUUCUAAAUAAAAUCUUGGACUCCAGGCGUAUUUAUAUAAUCUGGCCUGGACUGAAUUGGAAAUAGUAUCUGAUAAAACUAAACAUUCUCAGACUUGCUCUGUUUGAAUGCUCAACUGGGAAUCAGAGCUGUUGUUUAACCUCUUCCACUCCAACCCUCCCCACCAUAGACCCAUGUUUUGGCUGGAGAUCUUAAGGGGAGAUAGUAGGUCAACAGUAUUUGUCCCACAGAAGUGGCUCAGAACCUGAAGAUUAAUGUGAAUGCAGCUCAGCACUGUGUGUCAAGUUUUUCAAGUCAUAACUAUUGAAUAAACAUCAUAUUUUGGCUUUGAACAUUUAGAUUGUAUAGGGGCUUAGAACAUUAUGAUGGAAGUAUAUGAUGGCUAUUCUCAUGCUCAAUAAUGUCUCAUAAGUUGUUGCGGCAAUUUUGGGGUUGAUGCCAUUUCUUACACAGGUUUGGUAAUAAAUGUAAGCAUUUUUUACCACUUAAGAAUUGACUGGUCAAAUAUCCCUCCAAAACACCACAGUUAGACACUAAGACCUUAUGCAACACCAUUGAAAAAUCCAUCCAUGCACAUUGUACCCACAAGAAUUUCCAUUCAUACCCAAUUUAGGCAAUUCCAAGACUGUUUACGAACCCCAGAGUGCAGAAAUAUUUGAAGACAAUAGGCAAAAAUAACACAUUUUUGUGAGGAAAAACAUCAUUGUUUGCAUGGGAUUAGCACAAAGUGGGUAUGUCUGUAAAGUGGAGACGUGUGGGUACUCAUAAAGCCAAUUUCAUUAAGAUAUCUUGAGCUGAGGGGUCAGGGGACUCCUAUGAAAAUGGUCAUACCAGUUUUUAUUUAACCCCCUUCCCGACAAGCUUGCAUGACACAGUGGCAGGACAUUGGUACCAACAGAUUCCUUAGUCCCUAGUCUAGCUUCAUAUGAUAGCAGUAUCUUCACUCUAGCCCUAAAACUCUCAGCUAUAGCUUCUGAAAUACAGUAAUUUCGGCUGAGGACGCUGCAUCCUAGUGGAGUGGAAGAGGUUAACCCCUAAAAGCUGAAGUGUUUAACCCAGUGGGAAUAAAUCUGACCUUGGAUGUUUGACUUACCCAGCUACUUAUCAUUUUCCUGUUAUCCUCUCCUCUCUGAGAGCAUCGGUUCACAUUCUCACUAACACAAAUGCUGCACAGUGGUGGAAAGGCUGCCUUCAUGCCUUCCACUGUUGGGGAUAGCACAAUAUGGGUAUUGCAUAAUAAGUAAUAAUGGCAUGACCUUGCACAUCUCUGAAAAUAUAGCAGUCUAGGGGGGAUUAAGCUUUCUGUUCUAUGCUAUGCCUCCUAAUAAGAUUGUGCUUGAGCAAGCGAUGUACUUGACGUGGAAGCACAGUGACGUUAGACCAUAGAUUUAACUGUACAGUAGGGUGGUAUCAGUCGUGACAUGAAGCGUAUCAAUAACAUUGUUUACUUCGUUCCUGUUUACAUGUAAAAACAUUGAAAUGUAUAAAAAUAAUGUAACAUAAAAUAAUUUGGAUAUCACUCUUUUCUGUAAUAAAUCAUGGAUUGUAUCUUUUAAAUCAAAUCUGCUCUCUUCAUUUGUGUUACUGCUAUGAUAUAAACAGACAAACAGCCUCCAGGUCAGCUGAUAUCAUCUUCAUGACUGUCUGAUUUUAACAAAAUCUGCUUAUGGAACAAACCAGAGCACAGAGAGCAGAGAUUGUUCUCCUUUUUCCCCCCUCGCUAUUAUCACAAACCACACAUCUUCUUGCCAAAGAGUGUUCACAUAACAUAUUGUUAAGAAGACUGUGUUUCUAUCACAAACCCACCAUUUGAGUAAUGCAAGAUUUUCCCACAACAUAU